AGUCAUAGACGACAUAUACAUGCACACACACGCACAUAUAUAGACAUGUAUAGAGCCCCAUGUAGAAAGAGAGAGAAGGGGUUUAGAGAGAGAUGGGGAAGAGUAUAUGGGAAGUGGGAGUAGAAGAGCUGGUGGAAGCUGGUUUAUCUGUAUUUGAAGCCAAAUUGUUGGAGAAAGGCCUCAAAGACGCGAUUCAUCGAACGGGUGGUGGUGGUGCUUUGUCGGACCCCAAGGAGCUAUGGCGCGAGCUUACGGCUCGACGCUUGCUCACACCGUCGCACCCACAUGCCGUGCACCAACUCGUCUACUACGGCGUCUACGCUAAUUACGAUGCGUCCUCAGACGACCCUCCUCCCUAUUGGUUCCCUUCACUAUAUCAGUCUAAAUACACGAAUUUGGGCCGUCUGAUGGAAACUCAUGGUUCAAAGCUUUUAGGGACAUCAUAUAAGGAUCCCGUAACAAGUUUUGAUCUAUUUCAGGAGUUCUCUGUUCAGCAUCCUGAGGUUUACUGGUCCAUUGUUUUGAAAGAACUCUCAGUUCUAUUCCGUGAAGUCCCUAAUUGCAUCUUGGAUACCUCUGUCACAUCAAAACAUGGGGGAACAUGGCUUCCUGGUUCAGUUUUGAAUAUUGCCGAGUGUUGUUUGUUAUCGGCCAAUAAUUCAAAAAAGCAGGAUGAUAGUUUAGCCGUUGUGUGGAGGGCAGAAGGUUGUGAUGAUUCUCAUGUUAAUCAUAUGACAGUAAAAGAGCUCCGAGAACAAGUAAUGUUGGUGGCAAAUGCACUGGAUACAAUGUUCACAAAGGGUGAUGCAAUUGCAAUUGACAUGCCAAUGACAGUCACUGCAGUCAUUAUAUAUUUGGCAAUCAUACUAGCAGGAUUUGUUGUUGUGUCAAUAGCUGAUAGUUUUGCAGCAAAAGAAAUUGCAACUCGUUUGCGUGUUUCAAAAGCAAAGGCUGUCUUUACUCAGGAUUUUAUAGUACGAGGAGGUCGGAAGUUUCCUUUAUACAGUCGAGUUGUAGAAGCUGCUCCAUAUAAAGCUAUUGUGAUCUCUGGAACUGGAAAGGAUGUAGACAUUCAAUUAAGAAAACAGGAUUUAUCAUGGAAAGAUUUUCUUUCAAGUGUCAAUCACCUUCCUAGACCAAUACAUUACUCUCCAGUUUAUCAACCUAUAGGCUCUGUGACUAAUAUACUCUUCUCGUCUGGAACCACAGGAGAUCCAAAAGCUAUUCCAUGGACGCAACUUUCUCCUAUUCGAGCUGCUGCUGAAGCAUGGGCACAUAAUGAUGUCCAAGCUGGUGAUAUUUUCUGCUGGCCCACAAAUUUAGGGUGGGUGGUGGGACCAAUUUUACUCUACGCAUGCUUUCUAAAUGGUGCAACUCUAGCUCUUUAUCAUGGAUCUCCUCUUGGACGAGGUUUUGGAAAAUUUGUUCAGGAUGCAGGAGUAACUAAUUUGGGUACAGUUCCAAGCUUAGUAAAGGCUUGGAAGAGUACGCAGUGUAUGGAAGGCCUAGAUUGGACAAAGAUAAAGGUAUUUGGUUCCACUGGUGAAGCCUCCAAUGUUGAUGAUGAUCUUUGGCUUUCUUCAAGGGCUUAUUACAAACCUAUUAUUGAAUGUUGUGGAGGCACAGAGCUUGCAUCAUCAUACAUUCAAGGAAACCUUCUGCAGCCACAAGCUUUUGGAGCAUUUAGCUCUGCAUCAAUGUCAACGGGGUUUGUCAUCCUUGACGAGCAUGGGGUUCCUUUUCCGGAUAAUAAAGCUUGUGUUGGUGAAGUGGGAUUAUUUCCUCUAUACAUGGGAGCGACGGAUAGAUUGCUUAAUGCUGAUCAUGAGGAAGUGUAUUUCAAGGGAAUGCCAAUAUAUAAAGGAAUGCAACUUAGGAGACAUGGAGACAUCAUUAAGAGAACUACUGGAGGCUAUAUUGUUGUACUAGGCAGGGCUGAUGACACCAUGAAUCUUGGUGGCAUAAAGACAAGUUCCGUUGAAAUUGAGCGUGUGUGUGACUGGGCUGAUGAGAGUGUGUUGGAAGCUGCUGCAGUCAGUGUAUCCCCAGCAAAUGGUGGACCGGAACAACUAGCUAUAUUUGUGGUAUUAAAGAACGGAUUUAAUAGAGAUCCAGAAAAGCUAAAAAUGAAAUUCUCGAGAGCCAUCCAGACGAACCUUAACCCUUUAUUCAAGGUGAGCAUUGUUAAGAUUGUUCCAGAGUUUCCUCGAACAGCUUCAAACAAGUUACUACGGAGAGUUUUGAGGGAUCAACUGAAACACGAGCUUUACAUUCGGAGUAAAAUUUAACGAGUGUCAAUUUCCAUUCAUUUGAGAUUGAACUUUCUGAAAUGGAUGAACCAACAGAGGCCAUUUAUUUUCAUGGUAAUAGGAUGAAGAAAUGUGCUAUGCUUUUGACUUGGUCUUGAACCGUUGCCUUCUUGUGAUGAAUAAUUGUAUUAUUGUUCAAAAACUGCAAAAUAAUUGUGAUGUUACUGUUGGAAUGGGGUGGAAUAUGAUAUGAAAUUGAUAUGCUAGCUUCUCUUCUCAUAUACAA